AAUUAAUUUAUAAUGAAUCUCUAUGCAUCCAAAACAGAGACACAUUGCUCUAGCUCGUGCCUAUAUAUACCAAAAUCAUAUCUCCCAUUCUCACAAUUGCUCUGCAAUGAAAAUGGAGUUCAUCACCAAGUUCUUGCUAGCCCUAUGCUUCAUUGGUUCAACCAUAACCCAAGUCUCCCAUGCCGGAAACCGCGACCGGCAAGAGUUCCUCGACGGCCACAAUGAAGCUCGAGCUGAGGUCGGCCACGGCAUCGCUCCGCUUAUCUGGAACAAAACCCUUGCAGCCUAUGCUCAAACGUAUGCUAAUGAGAGGAUCCCAGAUUGUGAAAUGGUGGAAUCGGAUCCAGAUGGGCCUUUAGGAGAAUGUCUUGCAGAAGGGUAUGGAGAUUUGAGUGCAGCAGAUGCUGUAAAGGCGUGGGUGGACGAGAAGCCAUAUUAUGACUAUGAAUCAAACAAAUGUGUUCAUAGUGAGUGCGGCCACUACACCCAGGUGAUUUGGCGUGACACAAAGUAUCUUGGGUGCGCCAGGGCCAAGUGCAACAAUGGCUGGGUGUUUGUUACUUGCAACUAUUUUCCUUCAGGAAAUUAUUAUGGCGAGCGACCAUACUAAAUGCGUUGUACUUCUUUGGAUAUGGAUAUGUAAAUGUAUAUAUCUUUGGAUAUGGAUAUGAAGAAAAUGAAGUGAUUACUAUUUACUAUUAUUAAUGGAGAAGAUAUUAUAUAUAAGUUU